AUGGAACGGAAUUUCUUCCUCGGGAGGCAUCCUAUCAACAAAGCUUGGCCACUUUGCGACCGGCUUAUAGGUUUUGUCAAUGUAGAAAAAGAGAAAAACCAAAAAGAAAACUCCGAUAGGGGGAAUCGAACCCCCGGCUGCCGUGUGAGAGACGGCGAUGUUAGCCACUACACCAUAUCGGAUAUUGGAUGA